AUGUUCGAUGCGAUGCGGACUGCCCAAUCCAGCAAUGGUGUAGGCCCCGGGCACUGGACGAAUGCAUCCAGAACCACAGGGAGGUAUUGGUGUAUGGUCCAGGCAAGAGGGUGUCUCGAGUUCUCCGGCGCAGCCAAGGCUACGAGGAUGUGUGGCAGGGAUGUGUCAUUGCGCCUCGGGGACGACUACCCUUCCAGUGUUUCGUCGCUGGACCAUUCCUCUCCUCUCCUCGUCUCCAAGGAUGAGGCCAUGUUCUACUACUCGGGCAUCUCUCCGUCUCCCCCGAAACUCGUCUACCGUACCGGACUCCAGACGCACCCCUGGGUCAAGCCUACAGGACCUGAGGCGUACCGAAGGCUCAAGGAGGUUCGUGGCGUCUUCGGUCAUCAGAUCAAUGACGUCUGGGAGGAACUAGGUCCCAAGGUUCGGGUUCUUCUGAACGUCCAGGGCAUUCGCUGGUCGUCCAUCGACGUGGCUCGCUUUGUCACCGACGACGACUCUGACACGCAGAUCGUCGGGCCUGUGGUCAUAUGGAUCGGCGUUCUCCCCGAUUCGCUCGAAGGCGCACAAGCUGUCACCUCGAGUCAAGAGAUCCUGGCGCUUCUCCAGGACUUCUGCAUGGACGAUGUCGAGGUCGAGUAUCGUGAGUCGAUCUACACGCGAUCAGUUGGUCCGGAGCUUCUUCGCCACGUCUCCAUCGUCAACCACACCGUCGACGUCCGCAGUCCCCUUACCCCCACACUCUCUCUCUCCAUCGCCGCGGCUGAUAGGCCGGACGCUCAGGGCACCAUGGGUCUGUACUUCGCCGAGGGCGGUACGAGCGACAAGGUCCUAGGUCUGACAUGCCACCACGUCCUCUUCAAGACCGACGCCAAUACCAACGACUCCUACACCCUCGCGAGCAACACCGAUCGCAAGGAUGUUCAACUGCUCGGCACUCGGGCUUUUGACAAAUUGCUCGACUCCAUCAAGCUCCGCAUCGGAAACCAUGCCAUCAUGCUCAAGUAUUACGAGAAGGCGGUCAAGAGGUUAGGGGGGAAAUUAGAGAGAUUGGGUGAUGUCGACGAGGACGACGAGGAGGCUGCGGACGCUAAGAAAGAGUUGGGAGAGGCCGAAGGGAAGGUCGAGGAGGUGAAUGCUGCGAUCGAGAAGCUCGAGGAGUUCUACGCGCAGGUCGAUCAGAACUGGAGUGCGCCCAGCCAGCGCGUCAUCGGCCACAUCCGCUGCUCCCCCGCCGUCAGCGUCGGUGAUGGCGGCUACACCGAGGAUUGGGGUGCGUUUGAAAUCGACGUGACCAAGUUCAAAAAGGCCUACGAGGGUAACGUCAUGGACCUCGGCACGGAGAUCCCCUCCGACGUAUUCACUCGAAAGAUGUACCCUCGCGACUACGGGGAGCCCACCUUCGAGUACCCCUCCGAUCGUCUCCUUCCGCUCAGCGGCUUUAUCAGUGAGGAGCUCAUGCGCCGCCCCGACAUGCUCGACCACAACCGCGAGCCUUGCCUUUUCGUCAUCAAGAGCGGCAACGCUACCGGCGUCACCAUCGGACGCGCCACGGGCAUCCCCUCGUUCGUUCGCGACGAAGGCACCGGUCUCGAGUCCAAGGAGUGGGCCGUGUACAACUACGACAGGAAGUCCGGCGUGUUCUCAGCCCGCGGUGACUCGGGCUCCAUCGUCGUCGACGGCCGCGGUCGCAUCGGAGGCCUUCUCAACGGAGGAGCUGGCAAGACGGAGACGUCCGACGUCACCUACGUCACCCCCAUGUUCUGGCUCUGGCCCCGUAUCAAGGAGCACUUUCCCAACGCCCAUCUCGAACCCACCAUCACCGCCGCCUAG